AUGCCAGUCUUGCUGGCCCUGCUGCUCACCCUGCUCUGCGCCACAGCGAGAUCUUCGCCCCUACGCUUCUUCAUAGACGCUUCUGCCUUUGCGGAGGGUGAGACUGACUUACUGUUGGAGGCCAUCGCGGCCUCCAACGGCACGGCCAGCGUGGUGGGGGUCUCACGUGGCGGAUUCCUGGCCCACAAGGGCUGGCACAACACCUCCAUGUGGGACAUGUACUGGACGGGGCGGGAGGCCUGCUACCGCGCCUUCCUGUCCCACCUGGCCCCCGGCCAGCUGGUGUCCUGCACCCCGGGCAGCCAGGCCAUCACGGGCAAGGCCAGCCUGGUGGCGACCAUGAAGCGUGCCUACGGCACGGCCGCGUCCCUCUUCGUCCCAGAGUCCUUCGUCCUGCCCGGCGACUACCUGGCCUUUGCCCGCGCCGUGGUUGCGGCGGGGCCCGCCACGCCCUGGGUGCUGAAGGAGGACAGUCACCGCGGGCGCGGCAUCGCGCGCUACGUGGUGGCCCAGCGCUUCGUCCCCGGCCAGCUCCUGGUGCGGCGCCGCCCGCUGUACGUGCGCCUGUGGGUGCUGAGCCUGGGCACGCACCCGCUGCGCCCCUACCUCUUUGACGGCGGCGUGGCAGUGUUCGGCUCGCGCCAGGGUGCUGACGACGGCAGCGACGGGGAUGACGGGGACGGCGUCGCCGACGGCGGCCUCACGGGCACCUCUGCUCAGGACGCCGAUGCGUCAGGGCACCAGGCCAUGGUGGUCAACCUGUGGCAGCAGGACCGCGCCGCGGCGCGCCCCUGGUCCCUGCGCCAGCUCUGGGACCAUUUGGACUCCCGCUUCGGCGCCGGCGCGGCGACCGGGGCCUGGGCCCGCAUGUGCCUUGGCGUGGCCGCCGCGCUGGCGGCAGGCCUGCCCGCGCAGCGCGAGGCCGGCGCGGCGCUGCCCGGGUACCAGGGCGGGAACGCGGAGGUGCUGGGCGUGGACUUCUUGUUGGACGGCGCGCUGGGCGCGCACAUGGUGGAGGUGAACUGGCUGCCCAGCCUGGCGCGCAAGGUGGUGGCCUGCGCGGUGGGGGAGGCCUGCCGCGCCGGCACGCACGAGCCCUUCGACGCACAGAAGGAGGCCUUCCUGGCCGCCGCGCUGCGCCUGCUCCGCGCCAGCAGCGACGCGGCGACGGGCACCGGCCCGGGCCGGCCGCCAGGGCCGAGGGCGGAGCAGUGGCGCGCGCUGUACGCGCUGCGCGCCGAGGCGCGGGCCGCGGAGGGCGCCUUCAUGACGGGCCUCGUCACACCCUACGCUUGCACACGUGACCCCCUCCCCGGGCCAUCCCCUCUCUCUCCAGAAGAAUACUGA